AUGAAGGACGCCUCUGAUGCCGCCGACGCCGCAGAGAGCGCAGCGAAGGAGAACGAAGACAAGCCCGAGAACGCGGAUGCUGCGCCAUCUACUGCCAGUGGUGAUGCUGCCGCCGCGACUGCCACACCCAAGAAUAAAGCCCCCGCCCGACGGAAGUCGACCGCCGGCGAGAGCGCCAAGGGCAAGAAGCUGAACAAGAAGGCGAGCAAGGCUGCUAUACUGCACACAGAUGCCAAGCCUGGCGAGCACUACUUCAUAAAGCUGAAGGGCUUUCCGCAGUGGCCAUGCAUCAUCUGCGACGAGGACAUGCUGCCGCACGCUCUACUGAAGUCUCGCCCUGUCAGCGCCGCGCGUCCCGAUGGUCAAUACCGUGAGGACUUCGCCGACGGCGGCAAGCGCGCGGCUGACCGGACUUUUCCGAUCAUGUACCUCGCCACCAAUGAGUUUGGCUGGGUUUCCAACAAGGAUCUGAUUGAUCUCGACCCCGAGAAGGUCAUGGAGCAGGUUAAUGCCAAGAUGCGCAAGGACCUGAUCGUCGCCCACCAGCUUGCCGAGGAGCACCACGACCUCGCCUACUACAAGGGUGUCCUGAAUCAGUUCCAGGAGGAGCUGCUCGAGAAGCAGAAGGCUGCCGAGGCCAAGGCUGCAGCGGCUGCAACUCCCAAGGCCAGCAAGAAGAAGACCAAGGCGGCUGCUGCUGCUGCUGACGAGGAUGUCGACAUGGAGGACAUCGACGAUGAGCCCAGCGCCAAGAAGGAAAAGAAGCGCAAGAACCCCGAGGAUGCAGAGACCCCCCAGCGCUCUGACUCGGUCAAGAAACCCAAGAUCAAGCUCACGAACAACACGCCCAAGUCUAACGGCACAGGCGCAAAGGCCACCAAGGGUGGUAGCGAGGCGAAGAGCUCCAAGAAGGCCAAGAAGCUCAAGGAAGACUCAGAAGAGCGGUUGCAGACACCCAAGGAACCUGAAAUGAGCGCUGAGGACCGAUUCGAGCGCAAGAAGAAGGAGGUCCUCUUCCUCCGCCACAAGCUCCAGAAGGGACUCCUCACCAGGGAUCAGCAGCCCAAGGAGGAGGAGAUGAAAAUGAUGUCGGACUACCUGACUAAGCUCGAGAGCUUUCCCGAUCUGGAGACUGAGAUCAUCCGGGUCACCAAGAUCAAUAAGGUUCUGAAGGCCAUGCUCAAGCUAGACAACAUUCCCAAAGAGUCAGACUUCGAGUUCAAGCCUCGCUCACAGGUCCUGCUCGACAAGUGGAACAAGCUCCUCGCGACGGAGGAUGGCUCCGCCCCUGCCGCAUCUGAAGAGGCCAACGGGGUCAAUGGCCACAAGACUGAAAAGCCAUCCGGCAAGGAGACGAAGUCUGCUGUCAAUGGUGCUGAGAAGACUGACACCGAGGAGCCCGAGGCUCCCAAGAAGGAUGCUAAGGCUGGCGUGAAGGAGGCAGAGGAGGACACACAGGUGGACACUCCUGCUCCUGAGGUGGACCAAGAAACAAAGGAGGGAACCUCUACCGAAGAGAAACCUCAGGUUGAAGGGGUACGUCAUGCUUGA